AGGAUAUAUACUGGAUGUGGGGAGUAUUCAUGCUGACCCCCCAAUCUCUGUCUUUCCAGGUGCAGCCGGUGUUUUGGUUGGACAUCCGUUUGACACGGUGAAGGUGCGGCUCCAGGUUCAGAGCGUCUCCAAACCCCUCUACAGAGGAACCUACCACUGCUUCCAAUCCAUCAUCAAACAGGAAUCUGCAUGGGGGCUGUACAAAGGGGUGGGCUCCCCCAUGAUGGGGCUGACGUUCAUCAACGCUCUGGUGUUUGGCGUUCAGGGGAACACAAUCCGAUACCUCGAUAACGACACGCCAUUGAACCAGUUCCUGGCCGGUGCGGCAGCCGGGUCCAUCCAGUGCGUCAUCUGCUGUCCCAUGGAGUUGGCGAAAACCCGGAUGCAGUUGCAAGGCACCGGGGAGUACAAAUCCAGAUCCAAAACCUACAAGAACUCUCUGGACUGCCUGGUGAAGGUCUACCGGAAAGAGGGCCUGAGGGGCAUCAACAGAGGGAUGGUGACCACCUUCCUCCGGGAGACCCCCAGCUUCGGCUUUUACUUCCUGACAUACGACUAUCUCACCCGAUACCUCGGCUGUGACAUCAACGAUAACCUCAUCAUCCCCAAGCUGCUGUUUGCUGGCGGCAUGUCGGGCAUCGUGUCUUGGCUGUCCACCUACCCCAUCGAUGUCAUCAAAUCUCGCCUUCAAGCCGAUGGCUUUGGUGGUGUCAACCAAUACAAUGGCAUCAUGGACUGCGUCAGGCAGAGCUACAAUAGUGAAGGCCUCAGGUUCUUCAGCCGGGGUUUGACCUCCACCUUGCUGAGAGCGUUCCCCGUCAAUGCUGCUACAUUCGCCACCGUCACGCUCUUCCUCAUGUACAUGCGAUCCGAGAACCCCAUCGGCGACUGCGACGCCGGACCAGCGUUACAACAGCCAACCAGCAUGUAGACUUCCCAGCCGACCCAUAUGAACAAAUAUCCCUGUAGACUUAUUUUUCUAUGUGAGUUGUAUAAAUUUUAUGUACAGAAAUGAGAUGUAAAAUUGGAUUUUUACGUGUUUUAGGAUUUUAUCUGAAGUGUAUAAUAGAGCGUGGCCUUAUCUCGU